UGGAUCCAACUCUGAAUUUUUUGGGUCGCGACACACAGCAAUCAUAUUGUUAACAUUUGAAUUUACUACUCUUAGAUUUCAUAAGUUACUAACGUUAAAUUAGCAUAUAUUGACCUGUUGUACUUCAGAGGCCAAGCCGCCACGUCAUUGACCAACUGGGCUGGACAUGUUUAACUAACCAGGUUUCUUCUGCUAUGCGACAUAAUGACGUUUGUCAGUUCAAUCAGCUCUCUCUUUAACCUCGCCUCCCUCCACGUUUUUAACUUCAACUUCUGCUACUCAGACCAAAAAAAAAAAAAAAAAAACUUCAACUUCUGCUAUGUGACGUAAGAAAUGACGUUUGUCAGUUCAAUCAGCUCUCUAUAUAACCUCGCCUCCCUCCACGUUUUUGACUUCAACUUCUGCUUCUCACUGUCUGAAACUGAAACACUCACUGUCUGAAAAUGAAACACUCUGAAUAUCUCAAAGUCCAAAAUGUCAAGUGUUGAAUGCUUCAAGAACCCACCAGCACUGGGCUCAACAUCUGGAGCAGGGACUCUCCUAGAACUUGGGGGACUUAAAACCUACUUCACUGGCCCAAGUGAAUCCAAGCAUGCCAUCCUUCUAGGCUCAGAUGUUUUUGGGUAUGAAAACCUAAAUUUAAGGAAACUUGCGGAUAAAGUUGCUGCAGCUGGAUUUUUUGUGGUACUUCCUGAUUUCUUUUAUGGUGAUCCUGUUAAUCUUGACAAUCCGCAAUUUGAUCGAGAGUCGUGGCAUAAGCUCACAGAGAAAGGAUAUGAAGAUGCCAAACUAGUGAUUGCUGCUCUGAAGAGUCAAGGCAUUUCUGCCAUAGGAGCUGCAGGCUUUUGUUGGGGAGGGAAUGUGGUGGUGAAACUAGCAAAGACCAAUGACAUUCAAGCUGCUGUAAUUUUGCACCCUGGUCGGUUGACAGAUGAGGAAAUAGCAGUUUACAUUUUAACACCAACUGCAAUAUUGGGAGCUGAGAUUGACAAAACUUCACCCCCGGAACAAACGAAACAUUUUGGAGAGAUUUUAUCAACUAAAUCUGCGUUUAAUAGCUUUGUGAAAAUAUUUCCUGGAGUGGCUCAUGGAUGGACAGCAAGGUACAAUGCUGAGGAUGAAUCAGCAGUCAAGAGUGCUGAAGAGGCUCAUUUGGACAUGUUAAAUUGGUUUACCAAGUAUGUCAAUUGAAAAAGGUUGUUGGUACCAAACUACCCAGAAGAAUUGGCAACAGGGUUGCAACUAUUGUGGCAUGUAUAAAGAUGAUGAGCUUUUGAAGCCUCCACAACCCUAAGGGCCUUGGCAAACUCUGUUACUUCAUGAUAGAGGUGAAAUUUGAAGAUGUGGGCAGGUGGGUGAGAAUAAAAUGAGGUAUCCACAGUCUUUCUAGGCAUUUCUUAGAGUUUGACUGGACUGAAUAAUAGUAUAUGAUUGUGUAUGAAACAUUGAGACUGAGCAAGUGGCAUGUACCAUCAGCACACAUAGCAAAUGGUUUGGUUUGUAAAAUCAUAUUUGGAAAGUUCAGAAUGAGUCAAAAAAAAUUCUACCAAUUUAAUUAAUAAAUUUUUUUUUUUUUUUCAAGGUAAUGAAAUUCAUAAUUUCUUUCUCCUGAGUGUGAUUUUCAAGUUACAGUUCAUAUGGUCACUCAUGAUGUUGUGG